AUGGAUGCAGUCAUAUAAUCAAAGAGUAUAACACUAUAGAAAGGCUCUGACAUAUCUUUGGUAUAAUUUUUUCAAGUUAUGUGGAAAAUGGAUUAAUAAUAUUUUAAAUAGGAACUGAUGUAUUAGCAUUUAAUAUCAAACACCUUGAUAGCUAGAAAAUUAUACGUAGUUUUGCGAAAUAUGCUAUGUAGAAAUUAAAACUAUUAAUUUAACUUUAGUAAAUUCGAAUAAAAGUAAAAUGUAAUUUAAUAGGUAAAAGUAAGGAGUUGGGUAGGUUUAAUUAAAGAAUAUAUUAAUAUCGAAAAUAAAUAAUAUUAUUUAUGUGAUAGAUUUUUUGGCCCAGAAUUUAAUUUAUGUUUUCAAUAUCUCUAUGAGACUCUUCUAAAUGGGGCUUAUAAUCAGUGUCCUUCAAAUAAUGUUUUACUUCCAGAAUAUGGAUGUAGACCAGCUUGCGAUAUUCUUUACCAAUUCUACUUUCACCAUCAAUGUCAGUACUUCCCAAGUAUUUAAAUUUUAUAAAAAAGGCUUGGUAAUAGCAGCUGCUGAAUAUUUUUAUCUAACAAAAAAGGUUUAAAGAUGUAAGUUCUUAAGAUUUAGAAUAACACAAUAAAGAGUUUUGAGAGACAAAGAAAACUGUUGA